AUGAUCAACCGUGGCGGUAGAGUAUUUUCUUCUCCUGAAAUAGCAACUUCUUCCCAUAGUGAAGUGCCAACUAAUCUAGACAUUACUUUCGAAGGAAUUGCUGCAAAUGUAAAGCUACUUCUGAAAUUAAUCCACGAACAAAGCCACGCCAGCAUUGAUGACCUUGAUGAACGGAGAAUGCAAAGGGUUGCUGGCAUGAUCACCAUCCUAGACGAUGUUAGGACACGGAUCCAAAAAUAUUCUCCACCAGUUGGCAAAAGUUUAAAGGAGUUUAGGCGCUGCAACACAGAUCUAAGACCACACCGUGCCCCAAGGGACAAGAAGUCUGCUGAUGUUGUUGUAAUUGAUGAGAAAGAGAAGUUGAGGAGAGAGCUGCAUUCAAGCAGUUCAGCAAGGAAGAGCCUUGAAGCACUGUGUAGUAGCUUGGGAAAGGAGAAGGAAAUUAUGGCAUCAGAACUUCGUAAAAAAGUUCAAGAAUUGAAUGGAAUGGAGGAACUCAUCAAUAACCUCAAAGCACAAAACGAGACAUUGUUGGAUAAAGUACGAGAUUGCGCCGCAGACCAUAGAGAUAACAAGUAUGGUGGAGAGACUCAUCAGGAGGGAAUCUAUGCUUCCCUUCAAGAGCGAAACAAGGCACUUUCGGAGCAACUGUCGAAGUCCCUUGACGGUUAUAGAUCCUUAAAGAGGAAAUAUAAAGAUGCAAAAGAGGAAAAUAUAGGAAUUCGAACAACAAUGGAGGAAAUGGAGGUUGAAGUAGCAGCAGGGCUUGAACUAAUACAUGGACUCAAGCAGCAGUUGGCAACAAAAGAAGUACAGAAAUCAGAUAUUGAAAAGGAAAUUUCAGAAUUAGAGUAUAUUGUUGUGAUGCCAAUUGAUUUCAAUCAAAUCAUAGAUCGUACAUUCAAUUCAUCAUAA